AUGGCGUUGACCAAUGACUCUAAGCUGUUCGAAGAGUUCUGUCGGAUUGUUUUUCUGUGUGUUAUUUGGUACGCCAGUAGCGCGGGACAGAAUGUCAUCGGAAAGCAAGUACUGGACUAUUUUCCUUAUCCGAUGACUAUCACAAUGUCACACAUGUUUUCAUUAGCUCUUUAUUUAGGACCAAUUCUCAAAGCCUGGAACAUUCCCACGGCUCAGCCGAUAGAGCGAAAAUACUACUGGAGUGUUAUUGUUCCGUUAGCGUUUGGAAAAUUUUAUGCCUCUGUGUCGUCACAUUUUAGUAUAUGGAAAAUGUCUGUAUCAUAUGCUCAUACUGUGAAAGCAAUGAUGCCGAUAUUUACAGUAACUUUAUCUAGAAUCAUUUUAUAUGAAAAACAAACCACAAAGGUUUAUUUAUCUUUACUACCUAUUAUAUUUGGUGUACUUUUAGCCACAGCAACUGAAAUAUCAUUUGAUCUUCUGGGAUUAUUAUCAUCUCUUUCAGCAACUAUAGCUUUUGCUUUACAAAAUAUUUUUUCAAAAAAGGCAUUACGAGAUACGAAUGUACACCAUCUUAGGCUGUUACUUACAAUGGGAGAGUUAGCAUGCUGGGGGAUGGUACCAAUUUGGUUAUUGACAGACGUAUUCAGCAUUAUAAACGAUCAGGAAACGAUAAACAGGAUCGAAUGGCUUCCUACAGUAUUUUUAAUUCUUACAACUGGGUUUCUCAACUUUUUACAAAACAUUGUUGCCUUCAGUGUCUUAUCUUUGGUGACUCCACUCAGCUAUUCAGUGGCGAAUGCAACCAAACGAAUCAUUGUGAUAUCCGCAUCUUUAUUACUACUACAGAACCCCGUCACUCGUUACAAUGUCUUAGGGAUGCUUAUCGCUAUACUAGGAGUGCUAUAUUAUAACAAGGCUAAAUAUGAUUUGCGCCGGUCGAAGCAACUUUUACCAUUGUAUACCAAUGAUUUCAAGGCAGUCGAAAAGAUCGGCCUGAGAAGGAAUGGACUAUCUACGGGUUCUUUCUACCAUUUAUAAGUGGCUGUAGCAAUCACAGGUGAUGGAUGGUGUGUAGAUGGCAUAGUGGUUUUGUAGCUUGAUGUGAUCACUCACAUGAGACUAGUUACUAGUUUCCCAUGCCUGCAUGUCAACUAGUAUACUAACUCGCAUGGGAAUUAUAAACAAGCAUGGCUUUCGCUUACUUUUCUCCCCUUCUUUCUCAUCAUCUCUUGGGCUUGAAUGUUUUCUUUUUCGAAUGUUUUGUUAAUGUGGUCUCUUACAACUAGC